AUGUCUGACGUCCCACCAACUACACCAUUUAUGAAGCCUGAAUGGGUGUUGGUCUGUGGUGAAUGUGGUGAUGAGCUGGCAUGGCGCGUGGUUAGUUCAAGCAAGAACGACAACCUUGGGUGGUGGUAUGCUAUGUGCUCUAAGAAGAUGCCUGCAGGAAAACCUGAGUUCUUUUGGUGGGGGUCUCCGAAGUCUUCACCAAACCAAUCUCCCCCUGACCUAUCACCGACUUUGCAUUCUGGCUUCAUUUCAUGCCAUGUUGCUGUUGGUUGCGAGCAUCAAUGCUGCCGCAAACAUUGUCUUGCCUUUGGCAGGUGCCACCUUAAGAAGCAUAAGCUAUCUCCAGCUGAAUGUCAACACUUUGCUGCCAUCGAUCCUGCGUUAUUGGUCCCACCAAAUCCUCACCACCGUAAUUCAAUGACUCCAUUGGACACCCCAGAUUCAAUUCAACCUAUGCUAGACCUAGAUAUGUGUGCUCCUACCCCAAUCCUACCCCAUGAAAGGUCUUAUGCCACCCUUCCACCGACAUCUAUGACUCCUGCAACCACUCAAGAAUCGUCUGCUGGGCCAUCCAAACUUCCUGUCACAUGCACAAAGAAGGGUAAAGCUCGUGCUGUCAAAGAUGUUGAUAUGCUCACACAUUCUUGCCAUCCAUCACAACUUCCACCGGUCUUCACGCAACGAUAUGCUGAACAAGAGCUGAUCCUCCAGCAGCAGAAAACCCAAGAUGCUGAACAGCAUGACCUUGCACGGUGUGCAGCCAACACCAUUCAUGCCUAUGGCUGGUCCAAGGAUGGCAACGAGGCCGAGAUGUUUGAGGUCCAGAAUGGAUUUACCUAUCCCCAGCUCUGGAUGACUGCCUCCAUCCUUUCUGCUCUAGGCUUGACUGCUGGUGAGGACGGCUCCUCCAUGCUGCAGUACUAUAACUCAGCAAGGAGCAGAUGGAUCAAUAUCGUCCAGGGUCAUGUCAUCACUCUUGACAUGCACCAUAUCUUCGUGUGCAACAUUGGUGUCUCUGUCAUGCCUGACUUUGAUACCAUAUUUCAUGGCUGUGAUGCCAGUGAAGCUGGCGUCCCAAACAUCCGAACCAAUCUCCAAGCCAAGCGUGCAGCUGUUCGCAAUGCCAACAACUGUGAUCUACUGAAGCUGACGUCCACAAAGAGACUAGGUUCAGUAAUUGAGGUCUCUAGCAGUUCAGACGAUGAAGUCGUUGCUCUGUUAUGA